AUGUCCACGGCAUCAAGAGCUCGCGUGGCUGUGCUUUACCAAAGUCUCGACCCUCCCGUUAUUGAUGGGAUUCAGAAACCAAAGAAGCCCGGAGGUUACAUGGACUCCGGCGCCGAUAUCGCCUACAACUUGAGCCUAUCACCGAACGUCGAUGUCAUCUGCCCUCACAAUGCUCCCAAACCAAUUGAACAAGCUGGAUGGUCGUUUCCCGAUACCGAGGAUGGUACUCUAGAGGCUGUCAAGAAGGGCGCAAGCCAUAUAUGGGCCAACACGAUCCUCUUCUCGUCGCAUCCUCUUCAAGUAUCGGCUCGUCUCGCGGAGCAUCAAGACCAUAUUAAAGUUGUGGGGCAAGGCCCGUUGAUUGUCGAGCGAUACGACGACAAAGAAUUUGUUAACAAUCUACUGCGGAAACUUGGCGGGUUUACUAUGCCACGAGCAUGGACCCUAAACGAGAGCCAAGACACUCAAGGGACUCUUGAGAAGCUUGACCUCCCUUUUCCAAUUGUCGCAAAGCCUAUACGUGGCCGUGGCAGCCAUGGCGUUCGUGUCUGUCGCAGCUUGAAGGAACUCAUUGAACAUGCACAGGCCUUAUUUAAAGAAUCACCCUCUAUCAUGGUGGAAGAAUAUCUUGCCGGCGAAGAGGCGACUGUUACGGUUAUGCCGCCUACAUCGAGAGGAGGUAGUUACUGGGCAUUGCCUGUUGUGACCCGUUUCAACCACAUCAAUGGCGUUGCUCCCUACAAUGGCGCCGUCGCAGUCACAGCAAACUCAAGGGCGAUAACCGCCGCAGAGGGGAGCCAGGCCGCAUACAAACAGGUGGCAGAGGAAUGCGAAAGGGUGGCACAAGCGUUGGCGGUGACAGCGCCGAUUCGAAUUGAUGUCCGCAGAUUCAAGGACUCGGCCGACUCCAAGUUUGCCUUAUUUGACGUGAACAUGAAACCGAACAUGACGGGUCCUGGUCGGCCUGGGCGCGAGGAUCAAGCAAGUCUCACCUUGUUGGCUGCAGAGGCCCUGGGUUGGGACUACCAGGAGCUGCUGAGGCGCAUCCUUGAUACCCCAGUACCUUCGAUACCUUGGAUCCCGAGACCACGCUCCAAACCUGGCCUUUGUGCUUUUGCUCCUGAUGUACUAAUGGAGGAUGACGAGUAUACGACUAGCAAAAUGGAGGAAAUCAAGCUUGAGGAGGGCACAAACGGCGCGCAGGUGAAGCAGGAGGAGAGGACUCCCAUGUCCAUCACGAAUGGCGGCCAGGAAGAAUCCCGAUCGCCGAGCGGUUCUCACGAUGGCGUCAAGUCGCGCAGUGGAAGCGCAGACACACCGAGCUCAAGCAGGCCCUCCAAGCUCUCUCGAAAGGCUUCUCAAAAGUUGGCAGCCAGCCGCGAACCCGUCCUUUUCGACCACCUACCCGACAUGACCGCCGAAUCUUGUAAUUUCUUUCAGCUCAUCCCCGAUUGCCUGUACGGCUCAAAGCACCUUGGAUCUACAGAUAACGACGCCUUGGACUGCGAGUGUCGGGAAGAAUGGCACAAUGGCGAAAAUAUUGCAUGUGGCGAGGACUCGGACUGCAUCAACCGAGCGACAAAAAUGGAAUGUAGCGCUGAGGCUGGAAAUUGUGCAGGGGGGUGCCAGAAUCAGCGGUUCCAGCGCAAGCAGUACGCCAACGUUUCUGUCAUCAAGACCGAAAAGAAGGGUUUCGGCCUCCGUGCCGAUUCUGAUCUACAAGCCAAUGACUUUGUCUUUGAGUACAUUGGCGAAGUUAUCAAUGAGCCUACCUUUCGCCGUCGAAUGAUUCAAUACGACGAAGAGGGUAUCAAGCAUUUUUACUUCAUGUCGCUAAACAAGAGCGAGUUUGUGGACGCAACAAAAAAGGGCAACUAUGGUCGCUUCUGCAAUCACUCUUGCAACCCCAACUGCUAUGUUGAUAAGUGGGUGGUUGGCGACAAACUCCGAAUGGGCAUUUUUGCCUCGCGCAAGAUCCAGUCCGGAGAAGAGUUGGUGUUUAACUACAAUGUUGACCGAUAUGGUGCCGACCCCCAACCCUGCUACUGCGGGGAAGUCAAUUGCGUGGGAUUCAUUGGAGGCAAAACACAAACUGAGCGAGCAACCAAAUUGCCUGUCGCGACUGUCGAGGCUCUAGGUAUCGAUGGAGGUGACGGUUGGGAUACUUCCGUGGCAAAGAAGCCUCGGAAGAAGAAGCCAGAUGAGGACGAUGAGGAAUAUGUCAACAGUAUACCUUCGCGCAGUCUCAACGAGGACGACGCGCGAAAGGUCAUGGCUGCUCUUAUGCAAUGCAAAGAGAAAUGGAUUGCGGUGAAAUUACUGGACCGUAUCCUGCGGUGCGACGAGGAGCGCGUCAUCCACUGUGUUAUGCGUAUGCACGCUUACCAAAUUCUCAAAACAACACUCAACACUUUUAUCGAGGACCACAACGUCGUCCUUCAGGUUUUGGAUAUCCUCGACAAGUUCCCACGCUUGACAAGGAACAAGAUCCAGGACUCCAAAAUUGAGGCCACCAUCGAGGGUCUGACACGAUCCGAGCACGAAGACGUGGCUUCGAAGUCAAAAUACCUUCUCGACGAGUGGAGUAAGUUGGAGGUGGCGUACAGAAUCAGACGGCGCAAGUUUGACCCCAACGCACCCGCUGCAAACUCAUUUGAGGAGCGACGCGGUGCAGGUCGAGACGAGGAGGCAGCGCAAUCUUCAAAGACAGCGUCGCCACAGACCAUUGACGCGCCGAAAGGUCCUCGAAACAGCAUGCCGCAAAGGAACGUCGCGUUUUUCCAGAACGGCGGACGCCCUCGCAGGCCCCCCUUCAAUGGUGGGCUUCCUCAGGGAUGGUUCACCGCCAAGGAUGCUGCAGGAAACACUUAUUUCUAUAACAAGCAAGGCACCACAACAUGGCAGCGACCUACCCAGCCUGUAGCGGAACCUGCUGUCAAGGCACCGUCCAAGGCUAUGAAGGAGCAAUUGGCGAUCCAGAGUAUUAUCGCCCAGGUCACUGAGAAGGGAACACCUAAACAUACUUCAGUCUCGACGCCCAAGACGGCAGACACGCCACCCAAGGAGGAGAAGGAGGAGAAAUGGCGAUCUCUUCCCGUCGAAAAACAAAUGAAGAUAUACGAAAACACGGUAUUUCCCCACAUCAAACAUGUCCUCGACAAAUUCCAUCACAAACUUCCUAAGGAGGAGCUGAAGCGCUUUGGUAAAGAGAUAGCUAAGAAGCUUGUCUCGUCCGACUAUAAGAACAACCGGGUCGGCGACCCCAAUGCACCCCUAAGUGAAAAGCAGGCGAGGAAAAUGAAGCAGUACGUCAAGGACUUCUUAGACCGUGCUGUUAAGAAAUUCGGUGAUCAGCAGAAACCAAGGGCGGGCGAAAACGCAGAUACCCAGGUGAAAGGUGACCAAGGCCCCAGUGCUGUAGGGAUCAGUACUGGCUCCGUUGCCGGUGGGCUUGAGGGCACAUCUUUAGUCAAUGUUAAUGGGACUCCAGGUGAUGGGCUUGAUGCUGCCGCGGCGUCGGAUAAUGAGGGCAGUGGUUCUCUGGGAAGCCCUGAGCGUAAGAGGAAGAGGGAAUUGGAAGUAGAAGGUCCGCUCUCGAUAUCUCCAACCGAUGGGCCAAACAUGAAGAGGUUAAGAGAGGAUGAACUGGAUGCGCCCAGCCCUCCUCCUCCUCCGCCGCCUCCUCCGCAAUCAGCCAUGGAAGGUGUUGUUGAUGCUGAACAGCAGACUCUUCGUGAGCAGGAGGAGGCAUUAAUGAGGGAGAACGAGGAGGCACAGAGGCUUGAAGACGAGGCCAACAAUACGAAGGAUCUGGCGGACGCCACUAGAGGCGCUGAAAAAGAUUUACAGGAUGUUUCCAACGAGCUGUCUCGCCUGAAUCACGAGGCUAGGGGGGUUGGGUCGCAGAAGACGUCAGCUUGA